AUGCAACUCAAGUGGCUACCACAGCUUGCACUGCUACAUGCCCGGGUAAUCCGACCCAGCAUUGAUAUCUAUAAAAUUUCCAACCCAUCAACCGAUCCUAGCACGAGUGCUAGCAUUGGUCAUCCUGACUGCACCAGAGAUCCUCUGUGUUCGCUACCUAUUUGUGAUGCGUCAUUGAGCAUUACAGAUCGUGUUUCUGGGCUCAUAAAUGCUAUGACGCUUGCGGAGAAGACUGCCAAUAUGGAGAACGAGGCUCCUGGUGUCUUAAGACUCGGUUUGCCUGCCUACAAUUGGUGGAAUGGACCACUUCAUAGAGUUGCUGGUAGUCCUGCCGUUGCCUUUACGAGCGAUGGGAAUUUUAGCUACGCUACAAGUUUCCCAAUGCCGAUUCUUACCGCUGCAGCAUUUGAUGACGCUUUGAUGAACUCAAUUGCGAAGAUCGUCGGAAGAGAGGGACGCGCUUUUGCCAAUGUUGGCAAGGCUGGUUAUGACUUCUGGACUCCCAAUAUUAACGGCUUCAAAGACCCACGUUGGGGCCGAGGACUCGAAACUCCUGGCGAGGAUCCACACCGUAUUUCGCGGUAUAUUUUGAGCCUUAUCCUUGGAUUAGAGGGCGGUCUUGAUCCUGCCGAGAAACAGGUGAUUGCUACUUGCAAGCACUAUGCGGUCUACGAUGUCGAAACUGGGCGUAACAGCUACGACUACGAUCCUACACCACAAGAACUCUCGGAAUACUACAUGGUCCCUUUCAAGAGUUGUGCCAGAGAUGCCAAGGUCGGGGCUGUUAUGUGCUCAUACAAUGCGGUUAAUGGGAUACCCUCCUGCGCUAAUAGAUAUCUUCUUCAUACAAUGCUUCGAGACCAUUGGGGUUGGAAGAAGCCUUGUCAGUGGGUUACUUCCGACUGUGCUGCUGUUACAAAUAUCUACAACGAUCAUCACUAUGUUAACGGCUCAGUCAAUGCUGCUGCAGUAGCUCUCAAUGCUGGCACAGAUCUUGCUUGUGAAUCAGGAACGAUUUACAACUCGCUAACUGAUGCUGUGUCUGCUGGGAUCACAACCGAUGCAGUCAUCAAUCAAUCACUCUCACGCCUUUAUAACUCAUUAGUAAAUGUUGGAUACUUUGGCGAUACGUCUCCUUAUUCUUCCAUAGGUUGGCGAGACGUGAAUACUGCUGAGGCCCAGCGCCUAGCGUAUGAGGCUGCUGUUGAAGGCAUGGCAUUGCUCAAGAACGACGGGACGCUGCCUCUUCCCAAGUCUCCAUCGAAUGUUAUCAUUGUCGGUCCAUGGGCCAACGCAACGUCUCAGAUGCAAGGAAACUAUUAUGGUAACGUUCCUUUCCUGACCAGUCCGUUAACUGCAUUCAAAGCAUUAUGGAAGAAUGUGACCUACCAUAGAGGGACAACAAUUAAUAGUAACGAUACUUCUGAUUUUGCUGCGACCCUGACUGCCGCAGGUAAUGCAGAUUAUGUUAUUUAUUGUGGAGGAAUUGACACUUCCGUUGAGGCCGAAGGGCGAGACAGAACAUCGAUCACCUGGCCAGACAAUCAGCUCACUCUCAUUAAUGAACUAGCAGGUUUGGGCAAGAAACUUAUCGUGGUGCAAUUUGGUAGCGGUCAACUGGACGGCACGGCUCUCUUGGGCAAUUCCAAGGUCAAUUCUCUGUUAUGGGCUGGGUAUCCUGGGCAGGCGGGAGGCAACGCCUUGCGUGAUAUUCUCGACGGUACCCGAACUGUUGCCGGGAGACUUCCCAUCACGCAAUAUCCAGCCAACUAUACCGAUAAAGUCAGCAUUUUCAACCCUGGUCUUCGUUCUACCUCUGCAAAUCCAGGGAGAACAUACAUGUGGUACAAAACUCCGGUUCUUCCCUUUGGCCACGGCUUACACUACACCAACUUCACAUUUGCCUGGAGCGCUGUACCUUCACCCACCUACGAAAUCUCAACUCUUCUGAGUGGAGCGUCAUCUAUCAUCGAGACGACCACCUUUUCGACCGCCACGGCAAAGGUGACUAACAUUGGGAGUAUGGUUUCUGAUUACGUGGGACUUCUCUUUAUAUCUACAAUCAACGCAGGUCCAGGUCCUUAUUCCAUUAAGACACCUGUUUCCUACGAUCGUUUAUUCAAUGUUAAAACCAACGGCUCUGACACUCUCACUUUCUCUUUGACGCUUGGCUCUCUCGCACGUGUAGCUACAAACGGCAGCUUCGUUAUAUAUCCCGGUACCUACAUUUUGACGCUUGAUAACGAGCCUGCUCUAUCAUACUCUUUCACGCUCACUGGUCCAGAAACAAUAAUUGAAUCUGUCCCAAUUCCUCCAACCGUUGCUCCACCUUCUAUCUUACAUCUUGGAUGUUAUAGUGAUAGCAGCACGCGAACAUUGAAUGGAUCUAUGACUACGAAUACAAAUACCAACACACCGCAAGAAUGCGCUCUCACCUGCCACGCUUCUGGAUAUCAAUAUGCUGGUCUGGAAUAUGGGCAGGAGUGUUGGUGUGGUAGCAACAUUUCAAGUUCUGGUGUUAUAUCUGACGCAUCUAACUGCAAUCACACAUGUACUGGCAAUUCCGAGGAGCCUUGUGGUGGCUAUAACUAUAUCGACGUCUUUCGAAUUACGCCUACUGUCACUGCACAGGCUCCAAAAUUUACAGCAAGAGCUUAAGGGCCAGUCUGCAACUUGUCAGCUUGCCGAGGUUUAGCAAUUACGAGACGUAUCUCUUUCUCCUCUCUUCAAUGAUGUCAUUUUCUCUCUCGUUUUCAUGU